AUGGCCGACGCAGUUGCAGAACAGCAAGGUCGAGAUAUGGCAAAUGUAGUCUACGGCCCAGCUGGACAUUUCAGCCCAGAAGUCAGCAAUCUGCGAUCAUAUGUGCAGCAUGUCCUAGAUCUUUUGAAACAAUACGAUCCAAAUAGCCAGUUACGUGGCUAUCUCCAGGACAGUAUACACGAUUUAGCCAAUUUUGGAAGAAAGAAGCUUCAAGGUCGGAACACGACUCCAGACGCACCGAAGCUCGCGACGAAAGACUUGAUGUUGUCUUUUGUAACAAUACCUCAACGCUCAGAUAGUCCCGUGGAUCAGCUCUCGCCAGACGACAACUUGGAUAAGUUCCUUGGCGAGUUCAGGAAAAAGUUAUUUGAGAGCGGUGAUGCAAUGAUGAGCAUCUGUUGCUUAGCUCCCACUCCCAUUGAAGACGUCGGUGCGAUCAUGUCAUUAAGAUCAAAGAUGUUUGGUUCACCGUCUCGCAUCCGUCGCAAGUACGAAGCCCCACGGAUUGGCAUCAUCCUCACCAUUGACGAAUAUUGGCUCCUCGGCACCGAGAUUUGCGAAAACUUACUAGGAAUUACGAAUGCAGAAGAGCGUCUUUUGAUACCGGCUGAGAACUUUACUGCCCAAGCUUCGGAGUCCGUUCCGUUCCUUCGUGACCUGGAUUGGAACAGAUUCGAGUUUGAGUGGUGCCGUGAUCCCCCAAACUGGACUUCAUCCUUCGACAUGUACAUUUGGGCAUUGCAUACGACCCAGCCGAAGGUCGAAGGAGUCACGGUCUACGUCAGACAGGUGCAACCCCGCUGGGAAGUACUGCUUGCAUAUAGGCAAACUCAAGACGAAACUUACUCAAAUCCCAGAAGGCUCUUAGUUGACUCUCGGAACGCCUUUGGUGCAACACCAGCCGAUCUGGAAUGUCCCGAGUUGAUUGCAAUUAGAUUGAUGCUUUCAAUUGCUUCCCUGCUUUGCGAGGACAACAGGAAAUUCCGCGAUUCAUGCCUGAAUCGCAUAUCUCAGCUAACGCUGAAGAUUAUUCCCCGUCAGAGGCUGAGCGGACGCAAACGGCCGUCCCGAGAGAAAAUCAACUUCCUUCUGCAUCUGGACGAUCACAGGCAAUGCGGGCUCCGAGGAAUACGGAGGACGAAAGGCCUGGUACAGGACAUCUCAGACUUUGCUAAACAGGUGCAACUAGCACGCUCGCAAGCAGUGGAUGCGGUAAGCGAGCGAUGUGACAAGCUGGCCCGAGAUCUGGGAAACCUUGAACAUGAUCUCAGAAGCUUGGGGGAAAUGUUUACGGAGACAAGUGACAUGAUAAAGAUGCAGGUUGACUUGGAGCAGAUUAGCUUCACGGGGGUACUGGCUCUGCUCGCUGCAAUAUACUUGCCCUUUACAUUCACAGCGGGGAUGUUUGGCAUGAAUCUUAAAGAUCCUUUAUGGUCAACGAGCACGUCACAUACAAGCAACAAAACUUCUGCAUCCUCGAAAUUGGUCAGCAGUCAGAGCAAUUUGACUACUCAAAGUCAACUCUCAAGUGCCACAGCAAUCGUCCAUGCCACAACGACGUCUCCAGCACCUGCGCUGAUCUCGACAGAUUCUGCGAAUCUUACAGCCUCUUUCGCCGCAGCCCUUGCCAGUCAGCCUGGUUCAUAUCUGUUCAACUUCAAACAGUUUUGGUACAUCGCAGUGUCCGUGACGGCUGCCACCAUCUUUCUGCCAAUCGUUGUCGGACCAGCCUUUCGAGCCACUGUUCAAUUCUCUUACAACCACAGAGAAGUCUGGAGGCUCCUUGUGUUUUUAACCCUCGCAACCGGCUCCAUUACUCUCGGCGUCCUGGAAGGCUUCAUCGCUGCAUGCGUCUUUGGGACAAUACAAGCCUUCUUAGCCUUGUUCAUGCUGAUCAAAAGAUCACGGAAACCCACCAAUGACAAGCCGGUAAAUCGAUGGAUACUCUAUGCUUCGGUAGUUGCGGGGUGUAUGUCUUUCGACCUCUUGCACCUGAAUUGGGCAUUUGAUCCCAAAUCCUCGAUUUUGACAUCCAUCUCGAGUUUGAGAUCUGGAUACACAUUAUGGCCCUCGCUGACUGGGGUUGUGGCUCCGUUCUGGCUGUUCUACCUCUGGGUCUGGAAUGACAGGCCUCUUCCCGAAAUGGCCAAUAUUGAUCGGCUGUCUGCUAGGAUUCCUCUACUGCCCAUGUUUCUCAACAAGAUCGACCACCUGAAGAACAACCACCUAGCCACGCGAGAGAGCCGCGCAGCUCUGCGCAGUAUUUUCAUCUUGUUCGGCUGUGGCUUCAACGUCAUGUUGAGCCUUUUUCUACCUUUUGGCUUGUACCUCGGUCUGGUGCUUACCUACUUUGGACUCUACGGUGUUCACAAAUGUUUAGUAGCCUCUACAAGGCGGGACAGCUUAGCAGACGGCUUUUCCGGAAGCAAGAUCACUUGGUUGAUAUUUGAGAUAGUGGUCGUGCUCUCUAGUUUGUUCUGGAUCUUCAGCAAUUUGGGAGUUUUAAUGGGCGCUCCCGGUUUGUUUCCUUGGCUCGCCCUACGCGCCAUCUACUCCAAGAGAUUCAUUCCUUGGGUGUUCAGGACGUUGCGUCAGGCGGCUCGAGCUUUUCGCAGUAGCAGAUCAGCUACUGCAGUUGUUAAUCAAGCACAGGACUCGACCCGACAUCAUCAACAGGUAUGA